GCCCCUGCGAUGGACGACCGCCGUGGCUCUGUCCAUGUCCGUGUCCGCGAUGUUUGCGUACAACUGCGUGUUGAUCCUCACCGCGCAAGUCCACGCGGAGAAGGUGGGGUCUUGUGGGAGCGGCAGCUUUGCGCUCUCGGAGAAGGCCUACAAGGAGAUGCUCAUCGUGUCGUUAGCGGAUGGCAUCGGCAGCAUGCUCGACAUUGUGAUGAUAGACUGGGCUGGGCGCAGGAGGUCGCUGACGGCUCAAUUCUGCGCUGCCAUUGUGGCGCUUGCACCCCUGCUCAUCGAUCCCACAAUUGACACCACAAUUUCCCUGCUGGCGUUCCGCUCUGUAGCCUACGCUGCCUUCUCCCUACUCGUGGUGUACAUCCCUGAGCUCUAUCCAACGGACAUCCGAUCGUUGGCACUGGGGGUGGGAACGCUGGUGGGCAACCUGGGCUGCCUCUUCGCACCUUUCGCAGCGCAG